GAACGCAGCAGAGGCACCGCCCCUUCCGGCCGCGGCGCGGACGCCUCGGCAGCCACGGCGGCGGGGCCGCGGCGGACGCCGACUCGGCCCGCCCCCUUCCCCCCGCCCCGCCCCGCGCCGCCGCCGCCGGCCCGGCCGCUGUCAGCUCCCUCAGCGACCAAGACGGCCAAGACGCGGCUGAGACGCGGUGUAUGCUGAGUCGCUGCGGCCGGAGGCUGCUGCACGUCCUGGGCCUUAGCUUCCCGCUGCUGACCUGCCGGCCGCUUUUCCUCUGGCCUCACCGCCUCAUGAAACCGCUGGUCGUGUUCGUCCUCGGCGGUCCCGGGGCCGGCAAGGGGACCCAGUGCGCCCGCAUCGUCGAGAAAUAUGGCUACACACACCUUUCGGCAGGAGAACUCCUUCGUGAUGAAAGGAAGAACCCAGAUUCACAGUAUGGUGAACUCAUUGAAAAGUACAUUAAAGAUGGAAAGAUUGUGCCAGUUGAGAUAACCAUCAGUUUGUUAAAGAGGGAAAUGGAUCAGACAAUGGCUGCCAAUGCUCAGAAGAAUAAAUUCUUGAUUGAUGGGUUUCCAAGAAAUCAAGACAACCUUCAAGGUUGGAAUAAGACCAUGGAUGGGAAGGCAGAUGUGUCUUUUGUUCUGUUUUUUGACUGUAAUAAUGAGAUCUGUAUUGAACGGUGUCUUGAGAGGGGAAAGAGUAGUGGUAGAAGUGAUGACAACAGAGAGAGCUUGGAAAAGAGAAUUCAGACCUAUCUUCAGUCAACAAAGCCAAUUAUUGACUUAUAUGAAGAAAUGGGGAAAGUCAAGAAAAUAGAUGCCUCUAAGUCUGUUGAUGAAGUUUUUGAUGAAGUUGUGAAGAUUUUUGACAAAGAAGGCUAACUCUAAAUCUGAAAGCAUCCUUGAAAUCAUGCUUGAAUAUUGCUUUGAUAGCUGCUAUUACAACCCCUUUUUAAGGCAAUUUUAAUCUUUCAUAAUUACAUCUCAAUGAAUGGCUGGAAAGUAUGUAGUAAGACAAAUUAAAUUUUUUAUCUUCAAUUUUUCUGGUUACAGGAGUAGACAGUGAAUUCGGGUCUAACUUCAUCUUAGCUAUGGUGCUCACAAAACAAAGAAGGAUAUCAGCUAGUUCUUUGUUUUUCCUCAAAAAGCAUAUCCCUUUUAUAGUGUGUGCCUUCUGUGAGCAAAACUCUGUAGUCUGUGUGUAUAUCCCUUUAGUAAUUACAACAUGUUAAGAUUAGGGAUUCCCCACUUCCUUGUUUUCUUGUAGGUUUUACAUUUCCAACCUGUUAAGCGAAUUUGUGGACCAAAUUCCAAAGGAACUUUUUGUGUAGUCAGUUCUUGCAAAAUGUGUUUGGUAAACAAACUCAUAAAAUGAAUUCCUAGAAGUGUUUUAGUAUUUAUCAAAUAACUGACCAUUUCCUACAGAAAGAUAAGAAAACUUAAGGCUUUGUUUUAUUACAACUUAUACAAAGUUGUAUGACAAGGCAUCUUCUUUGCUUCCAGGGAUUGGGAUGGGGUCGCUGGGGGUUCAGAGCCUGGGAGAAUUGUCAGCUUUAUUCUGACAUAAAUCUGAGGGUAAGGGGCAGGAUCACAUCAAAUGACAUGUGUUCCUGUGCUCUAUUAUAUAGUGUUAUUAUUAUUGAUUAAACUGAUCUUAACAAAAUUCCUAGCAGGGGAACCUUGAAAUGCAUGUACUGGGUUUAUGGUAAAAUGAUUUGGUUAGCAUUUUAAUAACAUUUCAUUCAGAGUUUUUUGUUUUUUGUUUUUAUUUGUUUUCUAGAUUAAAUGUAGGGUUGGUAUGAAGUAAAAAAAAAUCUAAUGGCUAAAUUUCCCAUUUGUGUUUAUUUUCUUGAAUACUUUUUUUUUUCAGUUAUUUAAGGACAUUUAAAAAUCAUUGCACUUUGGUCAGAAAAAUAAUAAAUAUAUCUUGUAAAUGUUUGAUUUCCUUCCUGGCUACUUUUAUUUAGUAAAUUCUUUUUUGGCAUCAUGUUGAAGCAUUGAAAGGUACAGAAUUUUAAAAAGGCUAUUUUAAAAAGGCUAUCGAGUCCAAAGGAAUUUUCCCUUAAAUCCAUUCUUCCUUUAAAAAAUCUCUGAGAAAUUUGUGUUCCCCUUUCUUAUCUUUUUCUGCCAUUACUAAUGAAGAGUUAUUUCCAAGGUUCUUCAUGUGAGAUUUAUUAAAAUGUUUCUCAUUUUUAGCACUUAUACUGUUUGGUAUACAGGGUUAAAUAGGGUAAGGAAUUUUGUUUUUGUUUAAUUAGAUUUUAUAUUUAAAGUCAUUGGGAAUAGGAGCGCCUGGCUGACUCAGUGGUGUAAAGUAUGUGAUUUUUGAUCUCAUGGUUUGAGUUCAAGCCCCACAUUGGGCGUAGAGUUUACUUAAAAAUGAAGAAGAAGAAGUAGAAGUAUAAAGUCAUUGGGAAUAGUGAGGACAACUUGUGGAUGUUCUUACAUUAUAAUAGGUUCAUUUAUUUCUAUGUGUGUUAUGAAAUUCACUUAUUAAUGAUAUAUUUUUCAACAUACUUGCCAUUAGGAAACAAAAUAUAAGGGAUGGAUCAUAUUAGCCACCAAAAUUUGUAUUGAGAUUAUCUUGGUUUCCUGGAAGAGACUAUAACAAAUUCUUGUGUGGUGAUUUAGUUCACCAGAUACAGAGGGAUUUUGCUGGUGGUUUAAUCAAAAAGCUGCAGUAUGAAGCAAGAGUAAAGACUAUAAGGUUUUGAGAGCAUUCCUGCUCAAAUAAGUGAAGAAAUUCAUCAGAUGGGGGAAUCUAAAUGUUUAUACUGAUUUUGGGAAGCAAACGUGAGGUUUUUAAGAAGACUGCUGAGACGAGGCACUUCGCUUCCUUUCAUCACACAGCCUUUUGUGGCAUUUGAGAACACAAAUCAAGAAACAUCGUAAUUACGAAAUUAUGAGCCUUUGCUAGUUUGCUUUUGAGUAGAAAAACAUGUUGGCAAUAUUGUGUUUAGGAUUUGACUGAGAUACAUCGGACUUCAUUAGUUUAGUCAUUCCGUUUGUUAAAGUCACCAAGGAGGUUUUCAGUUUUGAAAGACCUUAGUGGAAGCUUUGCUUUUUUUUUGCUUUUCUUUCUUUCUUUUUUUUUUUAAAAUUAACUGACAUUUCCUGAUGUUGGAUGUAUAUGAAAUUACUUGGUAAAUAAUCCUAAUAAAUUU